AUGGCUGGAAAACUGAACAAAUUCGAAACUCCUAGCUCCGCCAGCUCAGAUAGUGACACGGAAUUGGCGCUGGAGUUGAGCGAGCAGGUGUUCCUGGAUGAAGAUGAGUACUCCACACGGGCACCAGCCUCUCCUACGACCGUACCCAAUGUGCGACCUUACAGGCCACCUUCCACAGGUUCAAACAUAAUGAAGUCGCCCCGAGCACGUCGCGUGCGCACCGCAUCAAUGUCACAAUCAAAUAAAAGAACCACAGCAGAAAGUAUACUGCAUGCUGACAGGAGAACUAUAUACACAGCUGGAAGACCGCCUUGGUAUAAUUGUACGGGUGGGCAGGAAGUGGAACCUUUUCUUAUAGGUAUAUGCGGCGCCAGUGCUUCAGGCAAGACAACAGUCGCAGCCAAGAUCAUAGAAUCUCUGAACAUACCCUGGGUCACCAUCGUCAGUAUGGACUCUUUUUACAAAGUGUUAAACGAAAAACAGCACAUAGCAGCGAACCGCAACGAAUACAACUUCGAUCAUCCGGACGCGUUCGACAUCGAGUUGCUUAUAUCGGUGCUGCAGCGGCUGCGUGAGGGCAAAAAAGUUGAGGUCCCCAUAUACAACUAUGUUACGCAUUCCAGGGAAAACAGGACUAAAACGAUGUACGGCGCGAACGUGAUCAUCUUCGAGGGUAUCCUGGCCUUCUACAACGCGGAGGUCACCAACAUGUUGGACAUGAAGGUGUUUGUUGACACCGACGCUGAUAUACGACUGGCUAGAAGACUACGGAGAGACAUAGUGCAGCGCGGUCGGGACCUGGAGGGUGUUUUGAAGCAGUACAUGACCCACGUGAAGCCAGCCUACCAGAGUUAUAUCGCGCCCUGCAUGGCCCAUGCUGACAUCAUCGUGCCCAGAGGGGGUGAGAACAAGGUGGCCAUUCAUCUGAUAGUGCAGCACGUUCACAAGCAACUGCAGUUGCGAGGAUUCAAAGUCCGUGAGAAGUUAGCCAUCGCUCACAUUGGUCAGCCCGUACCUGACUCGUUAUAUGUUCUCAAAGAAACACCUCAGGUGGAUGGUCUCCACACGUUCAUCAGGAACAAGGAUACGCCUCGGGACGAGUUCGUGUUCUACUCCAAACGUCUGAUGCGGCUCGUCAUAGAGUUCGCUCUCUCCUUGCUUCCGUACUCUGACGUCACCGUCGACACUCCACAGGGAUUUACUUAUAAAGGUCGUAAAUGCGACGUGGAGAAGAUCUGCGGUGUGUCCAUCUUGCGAGCCGGCGAGACAAUGGAGCAGGCCGUCUGCGACAUCUGCAAGGAUAUACGCAUCGGCAAAAUACUCAUACAGACCAACCAGGCCACUGGAGAACCUGAGCUGUACUACCUGCGGCUGCCGAAGGACAUAAAGGACUACCGCGUGAUCCUGAUGGACGCGACGGUGGCGACGGGCGCGGCCGCCAUCAUGGCCAUCCGCGUGCUGCUCGACCACGACGUGCCCGAGCACAACAUCAGCCUCGUGUCGCUGCUCAUGGCCGAGAUCGGCGUGCACAGCAUCGCCUACGCCUUCCCGCAGGUUAAAAUCGUGACGUCAGCGUUAGACCCAGAGAUCAACGAAAAGUUCUACGUACUGCCCGGCAUAGGGAACUUCGGCGACCGGUACUUCGGCACCGAGCCCUCCGACGACGACUGA